CUUGCAACACGACAUGUUGCGGGGUUUGUCAUCCAAGUCCCUUGAAAACCCUGUGACAUCCGACCCUUCCCCCCCAUGCCACGACAUGGUGACAACACGCUCAACAUCUGCCCAAGGGGCUGGUUCGGGCUCAAUCAAGCGUACCCGUAAACAGAACGGCAAGUCACGGCAGGGCUGUUCACAAUGCAAGACCAGACGAAUCAAAUGCGAUGAGAAUCAACCAGCAUGUACGAAUUGCGUGAAAAUUGGGGUUCAGUGUCCCGGAUUUGAGCAGCAGCUGCGCUGGUCGAACAAGCACGAACAACUCUCCACGGUAUCCUUCGUCGAGGCACGUCGAGAUCGACCAGGCCAUUGCAACGCUCCCCCCACGGAAGCUCGGAUGACUGAACCUGAGCACAUCAGCCCAACGGAUCAAGAGACGAAUGACCCAAGUUCCCUCGAUACUGCUUUAUCUAGUGUACUCGAAUCCGGCCUCUUAUCUCUUGACGCUAGGCCGGACAUCUCACUCUUGGUUCCCACAAUCCGACUACCAACAGCCCACGACAAUGCGGUAGCUAUUUGAGACGAAACUGCGUUUUCUAACAUCUGGUUCUCAGUGCUCAACCAGAUCCGGGCCAGCAUUUGAUGGCAUGAGCAAGAGAUGCGAGGCAUCGAGUCCCAGUAUCUGAACUCUAGGGUUCAGGACUCGCUCCUCAAGCUUCCGAUUAUGCUGUUGUUCUGGGUUCUUCUGCAGUCGGAAAGGUUUCUCAGCAACUCAUAUAUCUGGCUUACAGAAUUUAGUCGUCGCCGAGUCAUCGAUCUGAUGCUUCAACUUUGCAGUGUGAGGUAACAGAGCAAAGUGACGUCGUGAUGUCGGUUUUCUUGUCAACCCAUUGGAGCGCAUCAGGAGAUUUAAGCGCCUCGAGCCAAUCUUGUUCUUUGUCCGAUUUUAUCAUUCUAUGAGAUUUCGCAAGGUAUGCAAAUAAACCUCGCCUAAGCCCUGGCGACAAUCAACCAACUCUUACUCUGCCACAGCAUAUCUAGAUACGUAAAACACCGAAUCACACUGCUAAUACGAGUCUUUGCAAGGGGGGACAAUGGCAUGUUUCGGUUAAUUAGCGGUAGACUCCUAUUAGCUACUCUCUUGUCCAGAGCAAAAAUGAUGUCUAUUCGCACUCAAGUGGAUAGGCUGUAGUAAUGGUGCAAAUUGGCAGAACUUUGGUCAUUAGGAUAUAUCCGGAUCCAACGGGUCAUGGACCCUCCCUGGCUAGAAC